AUGGAGAUGGGGGCUGGCGACACCCCAUCGCCCCCACCCCGGUACAACGCCCCCCGCUCGGCGCUCUACGCCGCCAAGCUGAGCGCCAUGGCGACGCCAGCCCCGCCGGCGCCCAGACCCCCGGCCACGGCCGGGCCUGGGGGCAACGGGGCCACGGGCAGCGGGGCGUUGGCGUCUCCCACGGCGACGGGCAGCGGGGAGUCGGCGUCUCCCACGGCGACAGGGAGCCUGGCGACAUCUCCGCCGGCGACGGGCAGCGGGGCGUCGGCGUCUCCCACGGCGACAGGGAGCCUGGCGACAUCUCCGCCGGCGACGGGCAGCGGGGCGUCGGCGUCUCCGCUGGCGACAGGGAGCCUGGCGACAUCUCCGCCGGCGACGGGCAGCAGGGCGUCGGCGUCUCCCACGGCGACAGGGAGCCUGGCGACAUCUCCGCCGGCGACGGGCAGCGGGGCGUCGGGCAGCGGGGCGUCGGCGUCUCCCACGGCGACAGGGAGCCUGGCGACAUCUCCGCCGGCGACGGGCAGCGGGGCGUCGGGCAGCGGGGCGUCGGCGUCUCCCACGGCGACAGGGAGCCUGGCGACAUCUCCGCCGGCGACGGGCAGCGGAACUGUGUCACUGGGCACCGCGGCGGCAACCAGCACUGUGGCGGCAUCUCCAAGCAACCUGGCGGCAUCUCCGACACCUACAGGCCAUGUGGCGGUGUCUCUAGGCAACGCGACGGCGUCGCCGGGCAGCGUGGCAGCAGCGACGAGCAGCGGGGUGGCGUGUCCAGGGCCGACGGGCAACAACGCCGAUUCGGUGGCAUCUCCUGUGGUAACAGCACCCGUAGCCACUAUGGCGGCCGCCACAGGGACGGUUUCCAUGGAAACGAUGCAGAUGGCAGGGGUCGACGUGGCGACGGGUCCCACGGAAACGGUCACUGUGGCGGUGGCCUCUCCCACGCCGUCUCCCGCCACGGAAACUGCAGCCCCGCGCACCCCGGUGAAGCCCCUCCCGGCGCCCUUCCCCUCGCCGUCCGUGGUGGUGGUGGCGCCCAGCCCGGUGGUGCCGGAGAAGAGCUCUCCCACUGCGACGGAGGGGCCUGCAGACCUAGGGUCCACCGCCUCCCAGGACAUGGGGUCGCAGUCCAGCCUGGGUCCUGGAAUCCCACCUCCCAGGCCCCCGCCGGCUCCAGACACCCUGAGUUACCUGGAUUCGGUCAGCCUCAUGUCGGCGCACCUUGGAGUCCCUGGAGUGGCCCCGGGUUCUUGGACGACGUCAGCUCCCUGGGCGUCGGACUCGGAGAUCAAUGGCUUGGCCUACCGCCGAACAGACAAAUAUGCCUUUCCUGGGGGGCAACCCAGCCACUCGGGGAUGCUGUGA